UGAUCCAGCCCAGGCAGCACCCCGCAGAGCAGAACACCUAGGGGAAACACUGAACAACCAGUUGCCAGGUUACCAGACCCAUCCCGUGAACGAUGACGGCCAAAGCCACUCAGACCUGAGAGGUGUCAGGAAAGUAAACUGGCGACAUAACAAGAAAACUGCUGUAAGAAGUGAUCAAGAGAUGUCUUCUGAGGAGGAGACUUCUCUAACUUCAUCAACUUCUUGCUCCUCUUCCCCUCCCUCCACCUCACUGCCACCUGCCUCCCACUUCAUCGGGAGGAAGGAGGACAUUGUCAAGGCCGGACGUGUGACAAAGAUGGUGAAUGGAUGCAGAGAUAUACUGGUCCUGCACCACCAGGGACAGCUUCAUGCAAUGGAUGUGCGCUGCUACCAUUCAGGUGGUCCAUUACAGAAUGGAGACAUCGAGGAGUUCAAUGGACGGCUGUGUAUCGUGUGUCCGUGGCACAAGUACAAGAUCACACUAGCAGAAGGGGAAGGGCUUUACCAAGCUGUGGAUAACCCUACAGCCAAACCCCUGAGGACACACUGGUGCUCCAAGGGUGUCAAACAGAGGAUUCACAAAGUCACUGAGGUCAACAGGAAUGUAUACGUAACACUGAACAACUCCAGCGAGGCCAUGGAGUCAGAUCGCUACCAGACUGAGAGAUAUAGGACUGGCUUACGAGAGGCUCCGUCAAAACCCAAGUCCAAUGAAUAACCGGACACUCGAGGAUUUCUUAGGUGUUUGAUUAAUCAACCAACACAUCUUAAAUGCUUCAAUGACAUUGUGGGAUGUUUUGUUGUUUUUUAUUGGAAAACAUAUCAAAACCCUUCAGAAUCUGUUUGUCACAAUAAUAACUGUGGUUUUGUUUUUUUAAACUGUUAAGUGUGUGAGCCAAUAAGAUCUGUAUGAGUCACUAUGACAAAGAGGGAAAUAUCUGACAAUGUAUGAUUCAUUUUAAAUGAAUAUCAGACAUUUAAACAGCAGUUGCAGGAUGUGUGGAAUUCACUGCUUCAAUUGAACAUUGAGACAUUUUGAGUUUUGCUCUGUACUCUGUUCAGUACUGUACUCUUGCUCUGAUGGACACAAUUUGCUUUAGCAAGAUCAAAAAACAUUGAUGAAAUCAGUAGGUAUGAUGUAGAAUUCUCUGGCAUUUACUGUAUGAAAUUACUCUAUUUCAUAGCACCUUGUUUUACAGUUUUUGACACUGAACUGGGACUGCUACAGGAUAUUGUGCUUUAUAAUUAUUAAAUGGUGUACAAAUGUACUGUUUAUUUUUGGUAGAAAAAAAGACAAUAUAUUUAUGUCCCAUUGUCAUUGUGAUGCCAUUGUGUCAUUUGUCAAUAUAUAUACAUCUUAGUUCUUCUAAACACAAGUUGAGAACUAUAUAUACUAAUUACUUUGCUGAUCUUAAACCCAAGACAUUGAACCAGAUUAUAAAAUAUAUUAAACUACCCAACAGUACACAGUGCACAAAAAGAGCUACACCUCAACCAACAGGAUCUAUAUAUGUUCCCAGGAUCCUAAUCCACAGCUCAAUAUCCUUUUAAUGACACAUUAUGGAGACCUUUCAAAUUAUUUGAUGUUCUCAGCAAUGUGUUUUCCCUAAGUAAAUUGUUAAAUGUAUGUUUCCCUGAGUCAAUAUGUUUAAA